AGCCGCUGCGGCUCGCAGUAUCUCAGUUCAAUUGUAGUCCAGUGCCGACACCGGCACAACAAGAGGGAAGCGGAGCGUUUUCCCCCUGGACGCCAUGGCCCUGCUUCACUUCCUUCUGUUGACCAGCUGUGUGGCCUUGGAGAUGGGACAAGAGCAGUUCCUCCGCAAGGUGGAGGUAGCCACCCCUCGCUGGGAGGCAUCGCCCACCUUGCGCGUCCAGCUCUAUGUCUGCGCGGUGAUGUGUGGCAUCGCCCUAGUGGCCUCCCUGAUUUUCUUCUACACCUCUACACCAACCUCCGAAGUGAAAGAGAUGAAGGAGGGCCUUGAGACGGCCGAAAUCUCUGAGCCAGCUCCAGAGCCGGAAGCAGUCGCCGAGGAACCCAAAAACCUGGGACCUGCACUCGAAGAGUACGAGGACUUGGUGCGGAAGCUGCUGCAGCGUGGAGCUCAAAGCAUGGCACCCAAGGUCGCCAAGGGAGUCCAGGUAGCCAGCAUCCUGAGCGACAAGGUGAGUUCCCUGACCACCAAAGCCAAGGCCUUGGUCAUGACCGAGUUGACGGACACUGUUGGAUCUGUAGCCCAGUCCCUCCAGCUCGAGGAGUUCAUGGUGCUCUUAGAUGAAGACGCAGCCCUGUCCGCCAACAUGCCGCCUAUUUCGGUGUUGUUGGCGGGUCUGCUGGUGCCAGUCAACCUCAACUUCAAAAUAGUCUGUCAUUUGCUUCAAGUCGUGCUGGUGCUGAUUCCCGUCUUGUGCGUUGCGGGCUACUCCGAGUAUGCAGAUCAAGAUCAUCCAUGUGCCUCCAUCCCUGGCUUGAGGCUUUGGGCUCGCUCCGUGGGCGUCAUCGCCGGCUUAGUGGCCUUGGCGCGACUGCUGCAGGUGGCCCAGUGCAUGUACGCCAAGGCGGAGAUUCGGCGCAAGAACGAUGAGAUGAAGGUGAAAUUGGCGGAGGCCACAGCGCAGCCCAGCAACACAGGCCUCGAGGAGUUGAAGGAACUCUUCAUCUUCUACGCCAGCACCUUGCAACACGCCUUGGCCUGCGAAGCCAGGACACGGGUGAACGUCUUCUCUCACAUUGUGGGCUUCGGCACCUUGCUGUGGGUCUUGACCACCUUCUGGAACUUGUGGCUGUAUUUCGGCUACCUCUUCGUGCCUGGUGUGGUGGCGUUCCAUCCAGCAGCAGCUGGUGAGCCCAGCUACUGUGCCGCCUGGGUCACCGCCUGCGCCGCCAAAGUCUCCAUCCUCUUGGCCUUGCUCUUCUUCUUUGGCAACGUGAUGACCGUCUUCUGCUGGAUCUCUGAGACGUCUUUGAGCAUGGACAGCAUCGCAGAGAAGAUCGUGGCGCAAGCCAAGGCUUUCGACCAGAUGAGCAUGGGCCUUCCAGUGGCGCAAAUUCUGGUGAAGGCCGUCCUGUUGCGCGGCUCCACCGAUGUCUUGUGCUCUCGCUUGGCAGCUCAGAUGCGCGAGAAGGAUGGUCUCUCUCAGGAGAUGUCACAGACUGAGAAGCAAUUGGCCGCAUUGAAGGCGGAACUUGAGGCUAAGAAUGCUGAAGUGGAUGCCAUGAAAUCUGAGAUGGUCUCUCAAGGAGGUUACUGUGCUGCACAGGCCGAACGCAUUGCAGCAGGCAACCUGGAAGUGGCCAAAGCACAUGGAGCGGAGGUGAUUGAAGAGGCGCGCCGCAAAGCUGCCAUGCUGGAGAAGCAGACUGGAGAGGAGAUCGAGAAGAUGUUGGCUCAAAUCAAGGUACUGAUGGAACAGGCGGCAGCUGCAGCAGAUAUGGCCAAGCAGCAAGCACAAGAGGCACUUGCCCAAGCAGCUGAGGGAGCACCCAGCAUGGCCGACGCGCAGAAGAUGGCCAGUGAGGCAAUGGCCCAAGCCGCUGAUGCAGCACCCAGCGUGGCGAUGGCGCAGCAAAUGGCGCAAGGAUCAUUGCAAGAGGCACGUGCUGCCGCUGGAGAGGCUGCCAAGAAGGUGCAGAACCUGGCAGCCUAGGCUUGAGAAUGCGAAGUCGCAGACGCCAUGUGUG